AUGCAAGCUCUGUCUAUUCUCCAAAUGCCUCAUUCAUUUCAAAAUUCUAACAACUUUGCUCCAAUGCCACAACUUCUUCAUCCCUCUUCAACUAGUGAAAAUCAAAUCAAAUUUGAGAAUGAAGAAAAUGUCGAAGAAGAACAAGAGUUCAGUUUUGUUCCCUUUGAUGAUCAGAAAACACUUACAUUUGCUGAUGAGAUGUUUGAAAAUGGCAAGAUACGAACAACAUCGACUACUUUUGACCAAUAUCUUGUUUCUCCUGUCAUUGCACACAGCAACACCUUCUCUCUUCAAUCACCGUUAAAGAAGCUCUUUGUUGUUCAACAACUCAACAAAUUUUCCUUUCAAUCAAAAGAUAUAUUGAAAGGAUCGUGCAAAGAGACUUUCCAGAAAGACACUGUGGUUGAAGUUGAAGAUUCAAACAAAAAACACAAGAAAAGCAAAUCCACAAGUUUCUCAAAGAUAUGGAGAUUUCGAGAAAACAUAAAGUUGAGAAGAAAUAGUGAUGGUGAGGACGCAUUUGUUCUCUUCAAUCCUUCAGGGUCAGUGUCAUUAACGUCCAAUGAGGCAAAGAAAGGAAAAUCUGGGAAAUGCAAAAUAACUCAGUCACCUCACGAGAAGCAUUACGUGAUGAAUAAAAGGAAGACAGAAACUUCAAGGCGAAGAUCAUUCUUGCCUUACAGAAAAAACUUGAUUGGAUUCUUCACAAAUGUUAAUGGGUUUAGUAGGAACGUUAACCCUUUUUGA